AUGGUGAGAGCAAGGCUUAAGAUUGGGAAGAUAUAUGGAUCCUCUGAUGGAUCUGGAAGACUGAAUGUCGGCAAAGUAUACAAAAGUACUGCGUAUGUCAAUUGCGCUUGUCAUAUUCUGAAUUUGGCGAUACUGCAUUACUUUUGCAGUGCAUGUCGGCAUUAUCGUGGCUGGUUCCAAUGUUCGAUGCGGCUAACGUGGGGAUCUUUGUCAUCACGAUGUUUGUUCGAAGCAUGUCAAGUCAUUACUUGUCGCGAGGAGAUUGCAGAUGGUGACUUCAGCUGGUGGUCAUUCUUAUCUAGGAUAAAGAUGUGA